AGUCCCUUACAACUAACACUACUAUAAAUAAGAAUUACAACAAGGAAGAGUUUUAUGCCAUCAAAAAUAAUAAACCUCUAAUUCUCAUCUAGUUAUAUUUAUACAAUAUUUGCUUAAUUGAUUAGCAAUAAUGGCACUUUCUUGUGGAAUGGCAGUGCAUCUAGAGUGUAAACAACUCUCUAUGCACACCCAUGAUUUUCAAGGGCUUACAAAGAGCUCAAUCUUCCUAAGAAAGAAGCCCUCCAGCUCCUUUUGCAAUAAUGCUCUUAAGAAUGGAAGGGUAUCAUCAACCGCCUCAUUAACCACACCAUCUACUGAUAAUAUGGUGGCGACGCCAUCACAACAGGUGCCAGAAAUGGUGCCACAACCACCAUCUGUGGACGGUAGCACUAUGUCGGUGGUGUUGGCUCCCGGCCUUGAGCCUGCCACCAUCUCUAUACCAACUCAUGUUACAAGAUCUGAUUUUCCUCCUGGUUUCAUUUUUGGUGCCUCUACUUCUGCCUUUCAGACGGAAGGAAAUGGAAAAGAAGGUGGGCGAGCACCAAGCACCUGGGAUUCCAUGAUUUCAAGUGGCGGGAAUCAAAUGGCUAUUGAUUCAUACAGCCUCUAUAAGGAUGACGUGAAGCUGUUGAAGGACAUGGGCAUGACUGCUUAUAGGUUUUCCAUUUCAUGGUCCAGAGUAUUGCCUUAUGCGGGUGUCGACAAUAGUUACGUGAAUCAACAUGGCAUUGAAUUUUACAAUAAUUUGAUCGAUGAACUUAUUGAUAACGGAAUCACCCCUUUUGUAACGAUGUUCCACUUCGACCUUCCCCAGAGUGUACAAAACAAGUAUAGCGGUUUUUUGAGUACAGAUGUCAUAGAGGACUUCAAAUACUACGCGGAUGUAUGCUUCAAGAACUUUGGUGAUCGAGUUAAAAAUUGGAUAACUAUAAAUGAACCUUAUAAUUUUGGUUCAUUCGGAUACCAAUCAGGGUUGCCAGCAGACAAUCAAAUUGAUCCUAGUCCAUAUGUUGCUACCCACAACAUCAUCCUAUCUCAUGCUGCUGCUGUCCAACAUUAUCGAGAGAAAUAUCAGGAAGCUCAAGGUGGAAAGAUUGGCAUUUCAUUAUCAUCGUUAUGGUUUGAGCCUUAUGAUAAGAAAAACGGACUCCAUAUAAAGGCUCAAAAGGCAUCAUUAGACAUGAUGUUGGGUUGGUACAUGGAUCCGCUAGUCAAUGGUGAAUACCCCGAAAUAAUGCAAGAACUUGUAAUCGGGGGGCUUCCCAAGUUUACCCCUUUGGAAAAGGCAAUGGUGCAAGGCUCAUAUGAUUUCAUAGGCCUCAAUUACUAUACUUCAAGAUAUGUCACACCCUCUCACAUAUCAACUAUUGACACCACUUACGGACAAUGUCGUAUAGAGUUCAUAGAGCAAGAAGUGCAAAAUAAGGAAGGAAAGUAUAUUGGAAGUCCAGCUCCACAAAGUUCCGAUAUCUAUGUGGUUCCUACAGGAUUGAGAGACUUGUUGCUUUAUGUUAAGCACACAUACAACAACCCUGAAGUAUAUGUUACUGAAAAUGGUGUUCCUGCAACGCCCGCAAUCACAGGAUCCAUUAAGGAUUUAGCAAAAAAUGUAAUAGACAACGACGAAUCCAAAGAUGCAUCGCUAGAUGAAAUCAAAGAUGCACUGCUUGAUGGGUAUCGAAUCAAAGAUAUUAGUGACCAUCUUUUCAAUCUUCGUGAAGCUUUAGCGGACAUAAGAAAUAAGGAUGGGAAGUUAGAGGCUACAAAUGUGAGGGGAUACUUUGUAUGGUCAUUGGCAGAUAAUAUGGAAAUUGAUGCCGGAGGAUAUCAAACUCGCUAUGGCCUAAACUAUGUCGACUAUCUUGAUAGGCAUAGACGUUAUCGUAAGGCAUCUUCCAUGUGGUUUACUCAUUUCAUGGCUACUUCAGAGAGUAAUCAAGGACGAACACCUAAUGUUAAAUAAUUUUAUCGAUCUCUCAGUGCAUGAUAUAUGCAUACAUUCGGAUAAAAGAUUUUUUUAAUAACGUUUAAAAAUUUACUAGAUUUCUUAUGUUUGCAAGGUGUAUGUUGUGAUUUUGAGUUUAAUAAUCCUCUGUGUUUGAGGAGAAUGAAUGUCCAAAAUAGUAUAAAAUUUUAUAGAACGUGCAUCAAUGACAGAAACGGUAAGCAAUGUACGUAUUAUCAAGUAAUUAUAUAUCUCAUCCAGUAUUCUUUAUUAUCAA